AUGGCUGGCAGCAUUCGGAAGCUGCAAAUAUUCUCGUUUCUGGUGCUUAUUCUUGGGAUUGCGAUCGGGGCCGCUGGCAUUGUGGUGGCCAUUGUAUUUGGGACAAGGUCCUGUAAUUGCGAUUCCACGAAUGCAACCACGCCACAAUCCCCUGUCACUUGCAGCACAAAAAUUUUCAGCCUUCGCUCACCCGUGAAAAUCAACUGGGACCCGAAGCUUUUAGACCCAACUAGUGCCCUUUAUAAAGCCAAAAGAGCAGAGUUUAUGGAUUCCCUGAUAAACUCGAAAAGCCAUACUUCUCUAUCUAUGCUAAUCACUUAUACGCUUGACGUGAAUUUAUUCGAACCAGAUCCCUCCUCGAAGACGUCGGCGUAUGUCUAUGCAUCGGCUGCGGCUAGUGGAGCUAUGGAUUUGGGCCUGAUUCCUGAUUCGAGCGCCUUGGCGGAUAGGAUUAGCAAGGCUUCGAUUGCCGCCGGAGCUUCUGAUGUUAAUAAUAACACCCUCCAAUUUUGCAAGGAGCCAAUUGUGCCUGGCGUUUCGACGGCAACAUCCCCGCCCGUGCCCUGCGUGAUCAACGCCGACAUUGUGCUCGCUUAUGAGCAAGCUUUUUACGAAGCUGAUGCGCUGAGGAUGUUGAACUACAUCCUAGGCGGACUUUUCGCGUCUCCGUAUUAUCGAUUUGGAGGGGAAACCCGUAUGGUUACGGUGCCAUAUCCAUAUGAUGAAGCCCUAUCGAAGAUGGACGACAAUUUGGGAUGGGACGGAUUAAAGGACCUGAUGAUCACCGCCAACCGUACAAUCUGGCCAAGCCGACCCGCCGACCCCUACCUACCGACAACAAUCUUCACAGCCGACCACGAGUUCGAGCAGUCGUCCCUCAACCGCAACAGGGUCAUCUUCUUCUUUGGGAAGGAAGACGACACGGUGAAGUACGCAGAAGGGUAUGCGGAUGUUGUCAAGGAGGAAGGGACCCGGAUACUGACGCUCUCUACUCUUAAGGCCGAUUUGGGCCCAUUGGCCUCGCCGGGGUGGUCGUUUUACAUCGAGGAUCCGGAUAUGGCGGGAAAUAUGAGUGAUGUGAUUGCUGAUGCGUUGCUGGGGGCUUUUAGUAGUUGCCAAGCCCCAACAUCAACCCAACUCCCGCCAACCAGCUCUCCCUGCACCCUUUUCAUUAACGCCGACAUCAUCAUGCUCAUCGAAAUGAACUUCCCGAUCUCCCAAUCAAACGUGCUUCUCGAGGGUGCAGAAGACAUCUUCACCACCGCCCCGAAUAAUUACCAAUUCGGAGGGAAGACUCGGGUUGCGGGGCUGGCCUAUCCGAGCCUAGACUCCACUGAUCCGCUAGCAGAAAAUCUUGGGUUGGACACCUUUGUAGCGGAAAUGCAAGCCAUUAAUGCAUCUAUAUGGGACGUGGGGCUCGGUGCGACUGAUUUAAGCGCGGCCCUCACCGCCGUCGAAGGAGCUUUCCCAGACCCGACCCGAAAUCGUGUCCUCAUCAUCGUCGGCAAAAACUACACCACAGUAGCCUCCGCCGCACCCAUCGCCGACCAAUUCAAAGCCGGGGGCAUGGCGGUAAUCACGGCCUCCUACGAUAGCAACGGGUUGAAGCCGCUCGCUACUCCGGGGCUCGACUUCGAAUUCGAUACGCUAUUUGCGUAUUUGAUACCCGGGGAAGUGAACGAGGCUUUAGUGAAGCGUUUCCCAUCCUGCAAAACUCAGCCGGUGCCA